GUCGCAGUUUGUACCUAAACAAAACCUCUUAUUUAUUUAAGCGCUCAAAUUAAAAAAAAAAAAAAAAAAAUCUGUUUUGUCCGGUUUUUACAGAUAAGUACAAAUUAAGAGACAAACCCAACUAGAAAAUGUCUUCGAAGUGGAACAACCACGGACUUCCAUUUUUACCUGGAAACACUUUUCGGGAUGUGACGAAGUCGGCCUUCCAUCUUCCCCAGACUCUAGUUUAUAAGAACGGUUAUGCUUUGCCUCGCCGGCCCUCUGUAGGCAUCGGCCAGGAAGCUCUUUUCUCAGAGAUGCUUUCUCAGCAAGAGAUUGAUAAGCUGUCCUUGGAGCUGGCAGACAUUGCAUACGAAUCACACGACCAGAAAAUGUGUGAAGACUUCAUCCCAGCUUAUGUGGCACUCGACAAGAAGUUGCUCCGCUUUUUUGCUUAUUUUACGGAGGAUGUACUUUAUUCUUCUGACGAGGAGUAUCGUGUGCGCCCCGUGGUCAUUUACUACUACCUUAAAGAUGACAGCAUGUGCAUUGUCGAGCCCACAGUGAAGAACUCCGGUCUUAUACAGGGGAAGCGGCUCAAGCGCCAGCGUCUGACAAAGAACGAGCGUGGCGAUCUUUACCUGUGGAAAGACCUCAACCUGGGCAUAGACCUGGAAAUACACGGGUUCAAGUAUCACAUCAUUGGCUGUGAUGAUUUCACAAAGGAGUUCAUGGAAAGUGAGGGCAUAGUUCUGAACGACCCAGAGCCCAUGCCAGAGGAUCCUUACAUUAAACGCCGUCAUGCCCCUCAACCUUCCUACACCACCACCCCGUCCACGUUUAACAAGACGAGCAACUUUUUCGCCAUGGAUGGACAGGUGCUACGUUUUUAUGCUGUGUGGGACGACACCGACUCCCCGUUCGGAGACACCAGACAUGUCGUCAUCCACUAUUACCUGGUGGAUGACACGGUGGAGAUCAGAGAGGUCCAUGAACGCAACAGUGGUCGGGACACGUUCCCCAUUAUCAUGCGCAGACUGAGCGUGCCUAAGAAACUGAAAACGGGAACUUUCCCUAGCUGUUCAAUGGAGAUCGCCAAGGAUAAUGUAGAAGAGUAUUACUCCCCCAAAGACUUCCAGUUGGGUCAAACAGUGACGCUACUGAGCCGUCACUUCUUGCUGUAUGACUGCGACAGAUUUACUAAAGAACAUUACCGGAAGAAUUAUCCUGAAAUGGACAUGAAACCCAUAGAGUUGCCAAAAAAGGCUGAAACGCUUCCGGAGAAGAAAAAGGAGUUUCCACCCUACAAUGGAUUUGGUUCUCUUGAAGACUCUCUCCAGAACUGUUUGUCUCUCGUUCCUCAGCCUCCAAAAGUGAACUUGUUGAAGAUGCUGGAGAACGACCACAAAGUGUUGCACUUCAGUGUCCGUCUGGUUUCUCCGCAUCCCGAAGAUGAAGACCGACGUUUUACACUGUCCUACUUCCUGUCCGACGACAUGAUCAGUAUUUUCGAAAAGCCCACACGCAACACGGGGGUCAUCGGUGGAAAAUUCCUGAAGAAGACCCGCGUUCGCAAGCCGGGCACUACGGAGGAGAAUCCAGAGUUCUACUCACCUGCAGACUUGGCUAUAGGAAACACUAUCGAGGUUUUCAGCCAUCGCUUUGUGAUUACGGACGCUGAUCUUUACGUGCUUAAAUAUCUGGAGUCCAUUUCAAGCCAGAUCCCCUCUCACACACUGGAUUCUUUGAGACAGAAGCUUGGCAUGGGGAUGACGGGAAACCAGCCCGCUGACGAAAAUGGUGAAGACAGAAAACCAUCUCCAUGAACGAACCCCU